AUGUCGAAGAAGGUCGCUUUGAUCACCGGCGGAGCAUCAGGCAUGGGCCUAGCUGUUGCAACAGCUCUCUCGAAUCGGACUGACGAAGACUGGGAACUCCAUCUCCUGGACAUGAACGCCGAAGCCGGCAAACAAGCAGCUAGCAAGCUGAAGAAUACCCAGUUCCACCAGACAAAUGUCACUGAUUACUCUUCGCUUGUCUCCGCGUUCGAAGCCAGCUACAGCCCAUCUCAAAGGUUAGACUUUGUAUACGCGAACGCUGGUAUUGUGGAGCGCGACAACUUCUAUGCGAAACAUGACCUAGAUGGUCCACCUCCUCCACCACCAAAUCAGCUAAGCGUAGACAUCAACUUGAAGGCGGUGAUCGACACAUCAUACCUGGCUUUACAUUACUUCCGCAAGGCCAUGGCAAAGCAUGGAAGCUUGGAUCCCGUGUUGGUCAUGACAGCGUCUUGUGGCGGACUAUACCCAUCAGAGUUCUGCCCAAUCUACAGUGGAGGCAAAGCCGCCGUUAUACAAUUCAAUCGCGCCAUCACUGUCGCAUACCACCACGAAGGGAUACGCACAUUUACUACGUGUCCAGGAACCGUCAACACUGGUCUUUUGAGCCAGGAAGAAUGGAAGUCUUUCCCUCUGGAGUACUUCACACCCAUGGAGACGGUGGUCGAUACUGUGGUGAAACUAGUGGACGGAGGCGAGAUCGUGGACGCGAAAGGUGUGAAGAAGACUGCGGAUGAGCAUUGGGGAUUGACGGUGGAGGUGAACGGCAACAACUUCUACUUCAAUGCAGGACCGGAGUUUUGCGAUGAUAACAUGCGGGCGAUGAUGGCGCACACUAGCAUGGCGAAGCAGUUAAGUAGAUUUGAAGGAGGCAAGAAAGACGGUACGAACGGGGCUUAA